AUGCAUAGGCAACGUUAUUCAUCAGCUGUCAUCAAGAAUUUUCUUGCUCGCCAAACAGCGACGAAAAAUUUAUUGGCAACUAACGAUGCGGUGACGAAAAACAAAGCUUAUUGCGAUGUAUUCAUCAACCAUAGAGGCAUUGACACCAAAAGAACUCUAGCGACAUUACUCUACGACCACCUUUCACGACAGAAGUUGAAACCAUUUUUGGACAACAAGAAUAUGAAACCGGGGGAUAAACUUUUCGACCACAUUGAUAAUGCGAUAAGGAACUGUAAAGUUGGCAUCGCUGUUUUCUCGCCGAAUUAUUGCAAGUCUUACUUUUGCCUGCAUGAAUUGGCUCUCUUCGCGGAGUCUAAGAAGAAAGUGAUCCCAAUCUUUUGCGACGUUAAACCUUCGCAACUAAGUGUCACUGAUAAUGGGAAUGUUCCGAAAAAGGAUUUACUACGGUUCGAGUCGGCUCUCGAGGAGGCUAAGUGUACGGUUGGGCUCACUUUUGACUCUUUGGAAGGGAAUUGGUUGGAUGUGGUGAAUAGUGCUUCAGAAAUUGUGAUGGAAAGCUUGAUUGAGAUGAAAAGCAAUGCAUUGCAGAAGAAAGGCAUGUUGGAUCAAAUUAUGGACUCGAAUCUGAUCGGGAAAGUGAAUCCGGCUUCUCUUAAGAAUUACGGAGAGACGGCUGAGAAGUGCCUUGCCGAGUACGGCAUUGAUAGGCCAUCGAUGGGAGAUGUUUUAUGGAACCUUGAAUAUGCUCUUUAA